GGCUGAGGCAGGAGAAUGGCGUGAACCCAGGAGGCAGAGCUUGCAGUGAGCCGAGAUCGCGCCACUGUACUCCAGCCUGGGCGACAGAGCAAGACUGUCUCAAAAAAAGAAAAAAAAAAAAAAAAGGAAUUUGAGGUUGCAGUGGGCCAUGAUCGCACCACUGCACUCCAGCCAGGGUGACAGAGCAAGACCCUAACUGGAAGAAAAAAAAAGAGAAACCUAAACUUUACACAGUGUUUCCUGAAAUUGUGGAAUUCAACCUGCCCACCCAGAGUCCACGGUGCCAUUUCACUCUCCCGUCUGCAAAUUGUCAGAACCCCAGAUUCCUGGUGGACUUGGGGUUAUCAGAUUUUCUUCCCACUUCCCCUCUCGCCACCAGUCUAACAAAGGCGCGUGGGCCAGUGGAGCUCACGUGGUUCUGCUGCCCUUUUUAUAGCUGAGGACACCAAGGCCUGAGUGCUGCCCUGCCCGGUCUAGGGUCACACGGCAAGGAAAGGGUGGCCUCGAGGCUGAGCCCAGGCAGUCUUACAGCCCGGCCUGUUUUCUGCUUCUUCAGGCUGGACAGGCCCCAGGUAGGAGGAGACAUGACGCUCUGCAUCCUGGAAGGAUGACUGGAGCCAGCAGGCUGAGAGUUGGGAACGUUUGAGCCUAGAGACUUGGGGACCAGGGAGGCGGAGGCGGCAUGUGCCAGGGAGGUCCUGAGCUGGCCUCAGUGGACUGGGGUAGAACCGGGAGACCUGCACGCAGGCAGGUGAGGCCCAGGUGGGUUUGGGGCCUCAGCCCUUCUUCACCCCACUCCCCCCCAGGCUGCGGGGUCCCCGCCAUCCACCCUGUGCUCAGCGGUCUGUCCAGGAUCGUGAAUUGGGAGGACGCCGUCCCCGGCUCCUGGCCCUGGCAGGUGUCCCUGCAGGUGAGGGGGUUCUGCAAGGUGGGGGGCACCCUGGGUAGGGGCCAGGCUGGGGGUGCCCCCGGGUGGGAGGUGCUGACCCUCCCCAUCUUGCUCCCAGGACAAAACCGGCUUCCACUUCUGCGGGGGCUCCCUCAUCAGCGAGGACUGGGUGGUCACCGCUGCCCACUGCGGGGUCAGGUGAGGACCGGGCAGCCCCGGGCUCCGCUUCCAGCCCCGGUCGGGUGGGAGGGGAGCAGGGCAUGUUCUCUCACCCACAACGCUCUGCCCAGGACCUCCGACGUGGUCGUGGCUGGGGAGUUUGACCAGGGCUCUGACGAGGAGAACAUCCAGGUCCUAAAGAUCGCCAAGGUACCCAGGACCCGUGCAGCAGAGGGCAGGGCUGUGGGCACGGGGGGAGACCCCUCGGCUGCUUCAGGGACAGGCGCCCAGUGGGGCCGGGCUGGCCUCGUGAUUCCCAUUCCGGCCCUGGGGAUGGACUGCUCCUUAACGGGCACCAGGGAAGGAGUCUGUCCUCGAAGCCUGCAGGUCCUGCCUCCUCCCAGGGCCUCACCCCGGCACUCUGGCCCCCACCCCCAGGUCUUCAAGAACCCCAAGUUCAGCAUUCUGACUGUGCGCAAUGACAUCACCCUGCUGAAGCUGGCCACACCUGCCCGCUUCUCCCAGACAGUGUCCGCCGUGUGCCUGCCCAGUGCGGACGACGACUUCCCCGCGGGGACACUGUGUGCCACCACAGGCUGGGGCAAGACCAAGUACAAUGCCAACAAGACCCCUGACAAGCUGCAGCAGGCAGCCCUGCCCCUCCUGUCCAAUGCCGAAUGCAAGAAGUCCUGGGGCAGGAGGAUCACUGACGUGAUGAUCUGUGCCGGGGCCAGUGGCGUCUCCUCCUGCAAGGGUGACUCUGGAGGCCCCCUGGUCUGCCAGAAGGAUGGAGCCUGGACCCUGGUUGGCAUUGUGUCCUGGGGCAGCCGCACCUGCUCUACCACCACGCCCGCUGUGUACGCCCGUGUCACCAAGCUCAUACCCUGGGUGCAGAAGAUCCUGGCCGCCAACUGAGCCCGCAGCUCCUGCCACCCCUGCCCCAAGAUUUCCCAUUAAAUGCAUCUGUUUAGAAGCCCUGACUGCACUGCCUGUGUCUGUGUGGCCCAGGGGAGGUGGGCUUGAAUUUGUCCUUGUCACCCACAAAGGGGCAGCACUACCGUUCCCUUUCCAGGCUGCAGUUCAUGUUGGCAACCCAGCCUUCUCAGGAAGCUGAGGUCUUCAUAUCUCUUCCCUGCUCACGGCUCCACCCUGGGUUUAGAAUUUAGGCCCUACAUGCUGAAGCUAGCUUGACCCGUGGGGCUUUCUGGAAGGCAGCAGUCCUUGGCCAGGCUCUGCAAUCCAUAGCCCCCUGGGGUUGUCACUGGGACCACUGCUGACCCACACACUCCAGGUGCCUUUCUCUGCCUUUAGUCCCCCAUGUCCAGUGCUCAGGAAUGUGCAUGCAAGCAUCACCCCCUCCCCCGUCAGACCCCAGCCCCUUACACCUUCUGCAUCCACUGCUGGGAGCUGGCGCCACUGUCCUCUCAGCUCCCACACUCUUCCCCGCCUCCGUCUCUGCAUUUUCUGUG